CAACAUUUGCUCUCCUCUCCCUCCUCUCCUCUCCAAACCUCUCCUUCUGCUCCUCUGCUUGGCUCCAAAAACAGGCCAGCGUUCCGGAACUGCUCCUCUGAUCCCAGGACGUCCCGCUCCAAGGUUCCCCCACUGGUUUAAGGACUCGGCCGGCUUUCUUUUCUGCAGAUUUCAUGUCCUGAACCUUAACAUCUAUCCAAGGAAAUAAGUCGUCAUCUGAGCCGGUGCUAGCAUGGAGCUGCAGAAGUUAUCAAAUGGAAACCACCACAUUGACGUUGAAGUGACUCUGGAUGGAGGGGUUGCACCUGAGGAGGAAAAGUUCCUGCAGCACAAGAGUGAUGGAGCGAAGACAGCUCAGUUCACAGACUUUGAGGGUAAAACCUCUUUUGGGAUGUCCGUCUUCAACCUGAGUAACGCCAUCAUGGGCAGCGGCAUCCUGGGUCUGUCGUACGCCAUGUCAAACACUGGGAUCGUCCUCUUCCUGAUCCUGCUGAUGUGUAUCGCCUGUUUGUCCUGUUACUCCAUCCAUCUGCUGCUGACCAGCGCAGGAGUUGUGGGUAUUCGUGCGUACGAGCAGCUCGGUCUGAGAGCUUUCGGUCAUCCUGGAAAGAUUCUGGCAGCCGUCAUCAUCACGCUUCACAACAUUGGAGCCAUGUCCAGCUACCUGUUCAUCGUCAAAUCUGAGCUACCGCUGGUUAUACAAGCUUUUCUCGGCCAGACGUCCACCUCUGAUGACUGGUUCAUGAAUGGAAACUACCUCAUCAUCAUCGUCACGCUGGGCAUCAUCCUCCCUCUGACCCUGAUGAAACACCUUGGAUAUCUUGGAUAUACGAGCGGCUUCUCUCUCUCCUGUAUGGUCUUCUUCCUCUCUUCGGUCAUCUACAAAAGAUUCAACAUCCCCUGUCCUCUGGAGGUUUUUGUGAAUGCAUCCAUGGACGCCACGGCCCCAGAAGACAUGUGCACGGCCAGAUUCUUCACCGUCAACCAAGAGACGGCGUACACCAUCCCCAUCCUGGCAUUUGCCUUUGUCUGUCACCCUGAGGUGCUUCCCAUCUACACGGAGCUGAGCAACCCAACGAAGAGGAGAAUGCAGAAUAUCGGGAAUGUCUCCAUCCUGGGAAUGUUCGUCAUGUACUUCCUCACCGCUGUAUUUGGAUAUCUGACCUUCUACAGCAACACCGAGGCCGAGCUCCUCCACACCUACAGUAAGGUCGACCCUCUGGACACCCUCAUCCUCUGUGUUCGUCUGGCCGUCCUGGUGGCUGUGACUCUGACUGUCCCUGUGGUCCUGUUUCCUAUCCGUCGUGCCCUCCUCCAGCUGCUGUUCCCAGGAAAACCCUUCCACUGGGUCCGUCACAUUAUCAUCGCCGUGUGUCUGCUGUUCGCCGUCAACCUGCUGGUCAUCCUCGUCCCCAACAUCAGAGACAUCUUUGGCAUUACUGGGGCGACCACUGCUCCCAGUCUGAUCUUCAUCCUCCCUGGACUGUUUUACAUCCGGAUCAUCCCCACUGACCAGGAACCCAUGAAGUCCAGACCAAAAAUCCAGGCUGCGUGCUUCACAGCUCUGGGUUUCAUCUUCAUGACCAUGAGUCUGACCUUCAUCGGGCUCGAUUGGACGAGCGGAGAAAAGCGAAGUCUGGGCGGUCAUUAAAUCCCAACACCCCAACCUCUACAGCGCGAGCAGCCCCCCGCUGCACCCCUCGCCCUCCAGUCCUCUGGACAGGAACCAAGACUCAACCUACUGCUGGACGGCUCCCAGCUUCGGUGGGACUGUUUUUAUUGAUCAUGAAGACAAUCCAUCCCUCUGAAGUGAUGACAGGAGCCCACCCAGGUUGAUAGAAACCAUCCAUCAGCAUAUAUAUCACAGGUGGGGUUCCUUUGUUUUACUCCAAGAGCCGACCAACACGUCGGCCACUGACGCCCCAAAAUCACUUCAAGCUUUUAGCCUUUCCAAAGGCGUAAUGUGGUGUUUAAUAAGAGCAAUGAUAGAAACCAAUUGGACAAAUGUUGGAUUGAAAAAGGUUAAUUAACAGCAGCGUUUAUGGAGAAAAGUUCUUAUGGAUGUGCUUUAAAUAGUUUUUAUUUAAAAUGGAUUCCAUCAUGGUGUGUAAAAAUCAGAUCCAAUCAUUUGAUUGUAAAGCUGAGCAGUGUGAGAUAACUGAGCAGAAAAUGGUUUUAAUUCUUCUGUUUUAUGGUUUUUGUAAAUCUGAUGAGCAGCGUUUGCCAAAGAAUAAAUGACGGCUUCAUCAGCCAGUCUACAGGAAGUUUACACGACUGUGAACCAGAUAAUUUGGUUUAAUUCAUCUGUGAAUUUAUUCUGGACUGUAUAUGUGGAUAUUGUUUAAUAAAAAUUCACAAAGGA